AUGGCUGACAACAAGAACGAUGCGUCUUUCGGAGACGAAAAGGCUGAUGUUCUUCAUCGAAAUCUGACGCCUGAUGCGCCACCCGAGGUCAUUGCCAAUGAGAUUGCUCACGAAGUUGAGAACCACAAGUUUUCGCCAUGGACCAAGUCUAUGUUCCAGCUUUACGGCGUUCUCUUCGUCGCGUACUGCUGUGGUUGUCUCAAUGGUUACGAUGGUAGUCUGAUGGGUGCUCUUAACGGCAUGACAUCUUAUCAACAAACCUUCAACAUGAAAACCUCGGGCUCGUCUACUGGAAUCGUGUUUAUGAUCUACAACGUUGGCAGUGUUGCUGCUGCUCCUACCGUUCCUUUCGCCACUGACAUGUUUGGUCGCCGAGUCGGUAUGAUCACUGGUGCUAUUAUUAUCAUCAUCGGUACUUGUGUCCAGGCUACGGCGAAUACUAUGCCUCAGUUCAUGGGUGGUCGUUUCUUGCUCGGUUUCGGUGUCUCUUACUGUUGUAUCGCUGCUCCUACUUAUGUCAGUGAGCUUGCUCAUCCCAAGUGGAGAGGUACACUCACUGGUUGCUACAACUGCAUGUGGCCCGUCGGAGCUAUCAUUGCCGGUUGGGUGACAUACGGAGCCGCGUACAUCCCAGGUAACGACGGAUGGAGAGUUCCAGUUUGGAGUCAGCUUGUCACAUCCGGAAUCGUCGCCCUUGCUGUUUUCUUCCUCCCCGAAUCUCCCCGAUGGUUGAUCGCCCACGACAAGCACGAAGAAGCCGCCAAGAUCCUCGCCAAGUACCACGGUGAAGGCUCCGUCGACCACCCCAUCGUGCAACUCCAAAUGAAGGAAAUGAUGGCGCAAAUCUCCAGCGAAAAAUCUGAACAGCGAUGGUGGGAUUACCGUGAGCUUUGGAGCACGCACAACCACCGUCGUCGUCUCAUCUGUGUUCUCGGAAUGGCUAUCAUGGGUCAAGCAUCUGGUAACUCUUUGUCCAGUUACUACCUGGUUACCAUGAUGAACACUGCUGGUAUCACAGCUGAGAAGAAGGUCCUUGCUCUAAACGCUGUGAACAGUGUUCUUGGUCUGAUUGGUUCUUUGAUUGGUGCUCGUCUUACGGAUAAAGUUGGUCGUCGACCUCUUCUUCUCUACAGUAUCGCUUUUUGUUCCGUUAUCUUUGCAGUCAUCACCGGAACCUCCAAGAUGGCCGUUGACGACGAAUCCAACACCAACGCCGCCAACACCACCAUCGCAUUCGUCUUCCUCUUUGGUGUCGUCUUCUCCCUUGGUUGGACUGCCCAGCAGAGUAUGUACAUCGCCGAGACCCUCACAACCUCUACCCGCGCCAAGGGAACAGCUCUUGGAAACUUUGCCUCCAGCUGUAUUUCUCUCGUGCUGGCUUACUCUUCCGGCCCUGCCUUCGAGAAAAUUGGUUACUACUUCUACCUUGUCUUUGUGUUCUGGGAUCUGCUUGAGUUUGCGUUUAUUUACUUCUUCUUCCCUGAGACUAAGGACCGAACUCUUGAGGAACUUAAUGAGGUGUUUGAGGCUCCUAACCCUGUUAAGAAGUCUCUGGAGCCUAGGAGUGAGGAGACUGUUAGGGCUACCAUGGGAGGCAAUGAGCCUAAGACUUUUGAUGCUUAG